GUCAGUGGGUCAGUGAGUCAGCGGGUCAGUCAGUCAGUGAGUCAGUGAGUCAGUCAGUCAGUCCGUCAGUCGGUCAAUAGACAACUGUAAUGAGUGCUCAUGGAUUUUACACUCAGACGGUUCAGAAGCCCUUACGCCCAUCGGAUAUGCAUAAUUCGUUAUCCCUCUUGCUCUUUACGUUCUCCUAACAAUGUCUCCAGGCGAUGACUUUUUUGUUUCUUUAUUCGUUUUUCCAUUUCAGAAGUAGACCGCACAUAUUAUGAAAGUUACAGCACUUGGCGCCGGCGCAUUCAUGACAUGUGUCUUCAUUUGUACUGGGACGUCACUAUUGCCAUGGUGAUUUGCCUGAAUGUAAUCUGCAUGUCAUUAGAACAUUAUCAGAUGUCUCAGACGUUUGAGAUAUUUGUGGAGACUGCGAAUUAUUUUUUCACCGGGAUCUUCGUUUUAGAGGUAAUAUUCAAGUUUAUCGCCUUUGGAUUCGUGCGAUAUUUUAAAGACAGGUGGAACAUUGUUGAUCUGGUUAUUGUUAUUCUUUCCUUGGCUGGGAUACUUGUGGAGUCCUUGAGCUCUACAAGGAGACUACUGAUCAACCCUACCGUGGCACGGUCCUUGAGAGUGCUGCGUAUCAUUCGAGGUAUGUCGCUUAAAGCGAUCACGAGCACUGCAUUUCCACUAAAACCAAAAAUCUUUCAUCCAAAAUGGCGACCGGAACACUUAAAACCACGAGGUCUAUAUUUUGGUCAUUGUCACGUGACAAUGGCUCUGGAUAUGCUGUAG